GAAUCGCGCAGUUUGCUUCGACGUCACCGUCACGGACGGUUCGGCUCUAUUCGUCGUGCGAAUCGUGCGAUUGCAUUAUCUCCACGUUUCCGACGCCGCUUGCUAACUACCCCGUCUCAUUUCCCGAGACACGGAAAACGAAGGGAGAGAACACGAGGGAACGUUCCGACUACGUGCCCAUCGAAGACACACGAGGUAAAAAUGGCUGAAGAACAGUGGGGAGUUGUUGAUGAUAUGGACUUUACUCAGGCGCCAGUAAAUACGUCUUCCUUUGACGAAGGACGCGCGCCUUGCCGCGGUAAAGGACGUGGCACAAUCCCAUACAACAACAACGAUACAAAUGGCAGUGUGGGAGGUUACAAUAGCUCCUAUAACAGCAAACGAACAGACGACUACGAGGGCAGCUACGAUAAUAAUACCCACAACGAAGAUCGUGAAAAUAAUAGAUUUAACGGCGAUAAUAGAUUUAAAGGAAACAGACAAGGCAAUGAUAGACCGCGUUAUGGAAAUAACAGAGGUGAUAAUGAUCGAAAGUUCCAAGGCAAUAGGGAUAGGAACAAUAGUAGGCGAAACAGGGAUGAUAAUGACGACGAAACUGAAGAUAAUGGCUAUAACGGAGGUUAUCAGAACGAUAGAAGGGAUCGUGGAGACCGACCUAGAGGUGGAAGAAGCGGCGGUUACGGUAGAGAGAGGGAUGAUGAUAAUGAUGGUGGCUACAAUGAUUCUGAAGACAGAGGACGCAGAAGAGAUGAUAAUAGAGGUGGCAGAAGCGGCGGUUACGGUAGAAAGAGGGAUGAUGAUAAUGAUGGUGGCUACAAUGAUUCUGAAGAUAGAGGACGCAGAAGAAACGAUGGUGAGUCUAGAGAAGGCAACGAAGAUGAGCCAAAGAAGAGAGAGAUUUAUAUUCCGCCGGAACAACCUGAUGAUGAAAAAUCCUUGUUUGGAAACGAUGUGUCAAUGGGAAUAAAUUUCGAUAAAUACGAUGCCAUCGAAGUAAAAGUGACCGGUGAGAAUGCACCACGUCCGAUACAAUCCUUCGAGAGUUCCGGCCUCAGAACUAUCCUGUUGGAAAACAUCAAGAAGUCAGGUUAUACGAAGCCUACCCCUGUUCAAAAGUAUGCCAUUCCAAUUGUAAUGAGCGGCCGCGACUUGAUGGCUUGCGCGCAAACAGGUUCGGGCAAAACUGCGGCCUUCGUGGUUCCUAUCAUACAUACUUUGUUGGAAAGCCCAAGAGACUUAAUUAAAACGACCACUUCCUGCGAACCACAUGUAAUAAUUGUAUCGCCCACGCGCGAACUGACUAUGCAAAUUCAUCAACAAGUGAAGAAAUUUUCUUUGGGCUCUAUCCUGCGUGCCGAACUUGCAUACGGAGGAACAUCCGUUAUCCAUCAAUCGAAUAAGGUGCUCAACGGUUGUCAUAUUCUAGUCGCAACUCCAGGCAGACUGAUAGAUUUUAUGGGACGAGGCAAGAUUAGACUCUCUUCCUUACGUUUUCUUGUGCUGGAUGAAGCUGAUAGGAUGCUGGAUAUGGGUUUCCUACCUGAUAUCGAAAAGAUUAUAGAUCACGAAACAAUGGUAGCGCCAGAAGAAAGACAGACGCUCAUGUUCUCUGCCACUUUCCCGAAUGAGAUACAAGAACUCGCGGGUAGAUUUUUACGGAAUUAUUUAUUCCUCGCAGUUGGAAUUGUGGGCGGUGCCUGUGCUGACGUGCAACAGAACUUCUACCAAUCAUCUGGUCAGUCUGAAAAGCGAAAAUUGCUGAAAGAACUGAUAGAGAAGCAAGAUCAAAUGGGAAGUAUCGAAGGUACCUUAGUAUUCGUUGAACAGAAAAGACACACGGACUUCAUCGCCGCUUUCUUGUCGGAAAGCAAUUUUCCUACAACUAGUAUACAUGGCGAUAGAUUACAAAGAGAACGAGAAGAAGCUCUAAGUGAGUUCAAACGAGGAAAAAUGAAGAUCUUAGUGGCUACGGCGGUUGCUGCGCGAGGCUUGGAUAUUAAAAAUGUCUCGCAUGUAAUUAACUUCGAUAUGCCAAAGGCGAUCGACGAAUAUGUUCAUAGAAUCGGACGAACUGGUCGAGUUGGAAAUCGCGGCAAGGCCACUUCAUUUUUUGAUUCAAGUACUGAUAUGGGUCUUACUGAUGAUCUGGUCAAAAUUUUGAAACAGGCUGGUCAGCCGGUACCUGAUUGGUUAGAAUCCGGUGGCGGUGGCGGUGGCGGAGGCAGAACUUUCAUGCCAGGAAAGGGCAGAAGAUUCGGCGGGCAAGAUAUCAGAGGCGACAAGGAUGCAUACGGUGAUAUAUAUGAAGAUGUUGGCUAUGCACCUGAACAACCAGCUGAACCAGAAGAAGUAUGGUAGAUUUAGAUGCUUCGUAUUCUAUACGAUGUAUAAAAUACUGCUUUAUUUCUUUAAUUUUAAAAAAAUAUGAUAGGUUCUACAGAUACAUGUAAGACAAAAGUGU